AUCGACGUCCCAGCUCUCCAAAAAGGCUCACCUGCCUCUGUAACCCUUGCCCCUCCCCUGUCCCAACCCCUCAUUCGACCUGCUCUGGUUGGCUGCAUCGAUCGUACAGAGCGCCAAGUCCCUGGCCAUCUGACCUCACCAGAUGCGAGCUGCAGCAGCAUGCAAAUGGCAGGAAAUUUGCACCAGCAAAAGAGACUGAUGCGCCCGUCGAUCCGUCUCCCGGUUCCCCUGAUAUCGCCCUAUUUUCCCUCGCUCUCGCCAUCUGAGUGUGUUCGUCCAAUAGCCAAUCCACGCCUGUCGCACACCUCAGCUGCAUCUACCGCCCCGCCCAUUUCCCUUUGCGCCGCCAAGUUGCACCCUUCCCGCCCGAAACCCUACCAUCCUCGUGCAAGCGACACCACCGGCAUCGGGCGACGAAAGCGCCAGCACACAAACAAGACUAGGGAUCGUCAACGAAAAGUCAAUUCGACUGAAAAGAGCGUAUCCAUCGCCUGCGAAGCUGGCAUUUGAAGACGGCCAUCGAGUCCAAGCCUGACGUUGAGCCCAGUAGCACUCGCAAUCCCUAGCCGCCAGCAUUCCCGUUGCCCAACACGGCCGGCACCG